ACCAUAGCCCAAGAAUCAGAUUGUUUUUUUACAGCCAAGAUGUUCGAGCUCCACCUCUGAACUCCUCCCUUCAUACUCCAUUGUUUGCGGACUUUCAGGCUCUGAGAUUUUCAGCAACGAUGAUGGGUCGCGCCCAGCUGCUUAUGGUGGGGUUACCCCUCUUCAUCUUCUGCUCCGACAUAUUGCGCCUGUUUUCUCCGCCACCUCUCAAACCGACCGUCUAUCACCACUCACCGCCUGCACCAGUUAUCCAACAACCUCAAACCCUAGAUUUCCCCACACAGAGUGGUAGUGGUCGGACUGGAGCAAUAGGCUUACGAAACACUGUCAGCAUUGAUUUCUGCUCUUCUUGUUCUUACAGAGGAACUGCUGUUACAAUGAAAAACAUGUUGGAAACUCAAUUUCCCGGGAUCCAUGUUGUUCUUUCAAAUUAUCCUGCCCCGCUUCCAAAACGUUUACUGAGCAAACUGGUACCCAUUGUUCAGUUUAGCGUUAUUGGUAUUAUAAUGGCGGGUAAUCAGAUUUUUCCGAGAUUGGGUUUCGCUGUUCCUCCACCAUGGUAUUACAACCUUCGUGCAAACAGAUUCGGAACUAUGGCAAGCACUUGGCUUCUUGGAAAUUUUCUUCAAUCAAUGCUGCAGAGUUCUGGUGCCUUUGAAGUCUCUUGUAAUGGUGAACUGGUUUUCUCCAAACUAAAGGAGAAGAAGUUUCCCGGGGAAAUUGAGUUGAAGGAUAUCAUCGGCAGAAGAAUUGCAAGGGGAAGGGUGAUAGAGGAAGAGCGUCAUACCGCUGUAUGGUCAUAGAACUCCUGUUUUAUUUUCAUAAAUAAGUUGUAUUAGUAAAAUGAUUGUUUCCUAUAGUUUAUCUUACCUGAUUUUGUAACUUAAGUAAACGUAGCAUGUUUCUCUUUCCAAGUACUGCAUUCGCAAUUUCUAAGUUGUCAUUAAACUCGAUGAUGUAAGAAAUAGGAACAAUUUACCCGUAAGAAAGAACACCAAUGAUUUCAGGAUAAUUUGUUGCCAUAAUAUACUCCUGUCCCAAAAAAAACUUUUUAACUUCUAUUUAUAACAAAAGCAAUUUAAGAAAUGAAUAGUUUUUAU